UAAACAAAUAGUAAUGCAUAUUGAGUUAAACUUGAGAAACGGUAACGUUUAGCAUUUAUUUACAGUCGUGGUUAUAAGGGUUUUAGUAGCAGGCAUUAGCUAGCGUCCAAUCCGGUAUCAUUGGGUCGUUCAUAUCCCCUCAUUGAAGUUUACAUUUAAAAUGGUUUGGGAAGAGUUAGUCUAACGUUGCAAUACCUCAAAUCACGGCUAUGGAAGCCUGGAUCUCGACGAUGCUAGAGACAGAGAGAGAGACCAUGGAUGAUGAUAAUCACAGAUUAUUUCAAAGAGUUUCAGAGAAACUGGGCUGGUCAGAGAAGGGAGGAUUGGAAACAGCAGAACAACAGCUGAUUAAGAGCGUCGGUAAGACUCGGCAUCUGGCCACAGGCUGUCAUGGCUCCAGGGGUGCUCAAAACCUUCCUCCCCCAGUCCAGAUACAUCUGCUAGACACUGAGGAAGAGGAUGACAGAGGCUCAGGGAAAGAGAACCAGGUCUCCAAGGGCAACGGUUACAGGACCAAGGUGUUCAUGGAGUCCAGUGACGAUGAUUUUGACCAGUUUCUUGUGGAGCAGGCUACACCCAAAACUGCUUCUCGGAAACAUUGCAGUUCUGCUAAGAAAGUCAGUGAACCAGUCCUUGUAUUAAGCUCAGACAGUGAUGACCACUUUGAAAACUUCCUGAGCCGUGUGAAAACUCCCAAGCCGAAGCCCAAGGAAGCGGAGCGUGGCAGUGGAGACAGGUACAGUGGAGGCAGCCUCAGAAACUUCAUUGUCGACAGCUUUUCCUCCGAUGAUGACUUUGUCGUUGAGAGGAAGAAAAAACCUACCUCUAAAGGUGCCUUUAAGACCCCUAAGCCGUCAUCCUUCCAGACCCCGGUCAGAAGACCCUUGUCCCAGUGUAACACUCCAGUUUUCCUCAGCGACAGUGAAGAAGAUGAUGGUAUUGUGAUGAAGAGCACGUGGAGGACAUGCCACCCUGUGCACCAGCCGCCGCCACAGACGCACAAAGUCAACGUCCUACAAAGUAACCAGAAGGGCAACAUCUUCUUUCCCUCUCCCUGUCCUCGUCCUCUGCCUUCCCUCUCUCCCUGUCCUCGUCCUCUGCCUUCCCUCUCUCCCUCCCCUCCUCCUCUGCCUUCCCUCUCUCCCUCCCCUCCUCCUCUCCACUCCUCCUUCACCCCCUCCCUGACCCCCCUUCCACAGCGGACCCACUCAGCCCCGUCGAAGCUGGAGGACUCAGCCAGCUCAGAGGAAGAGUUCCUCAGCUUACUGGACAGAAUUAAGAAGAACCACAAGACAGGCAACACCCCAACACCUAAACCCAACACAGGGCCCAAUCAGAAGCCCCCUCUGUCAGCUCCACGACAAAAGCCUGGAAAGAGGUGUGCCCUCGGCCGUUGGUGA